AUGCCAACCUACGCAGUCCUCGGAGUAACAGGCAACACAGGCCAAUCCCUCCUUAAAGUCCUGACCCAAGACCCCGCCAACAAAGUCCACGCCUACUGUCGCUCUAGAACAAAGCUUGAGAAUCUACAACCCGGAAUCAUCGCAAACCCCAAUGUUCGUGUCUACGAAGGCAACCUGAGCAAUACAAACAUCAUAGCCGACUGCAUCCAAGGCACCCAUGCCGUGUUUCUCGCAGUAGCAGUCAGUGGAAAUGUGCCAGGCAAUACCAUCGCUCAAGAUACCGCACGCGUAGUCAUUGCCGCCUUGCGCUCACUUCGAAUCACUUCUGCAGCGACAAAAUUUCCGAUAUUGGUUGUGUUGUCUGCUGUACCCACAGAACCAGCAUUCGAAAAAGAAAUGCCGGCAUUAGCUCUCGACCUCCUCUUCCGCGCAGAAUCAAACAUCUAUAAUGAUUUGAUAGCUGCUGAGGCUUUGCUGCGUAGAGAGCAGGAUUGGCUGUCAGUGACGUUUGUGAAGCCAGGCGCUUUGAGCAUUGAUUCGCAAAAGGGACACAAAGUCUCCAUGCAAGCAGCCAAGGGGGUGGUUUCGUUCAUGGAUCUUGCAGCCGCAAUGGUCGAAGUGGCUGACAGUGGUGAUACGUACGAUUGGAAAGCUGUAUCCGUUGACCCCGUUGCUGCAGACGUCGCAUUUCCAUGGCAGAAUCUGCCUUUGUUGGUCAAGGGGUUGUUGUAUCAUUUCUUUCCUUGGAUGUAUGCUUGGCUUGGUUGA